GUUCUCAUGCCCCGGAAGCAGACGCCCCUGCCCUCCCCUCUCUGAAGUGUUUACGUUGCUAUCCUCCUCCCGGUGGGUGUGUGGGUGUGCGUGUACGAGUGAGUGAAUGAAUGUGUGUGUGUGUUCUUCGUGAGUUUAUGUAUCAAGGAGAUAUAGUAGUUUUAUUCAUUCGGGAACAAGGCACCCUUAGACGGAGGAACCUUAACGUUACCUGCAUACUUCCCGGAGUCCCACAGAGGAGUGUUUUAACUGAAGAACUUCACUGUGAGACAAGAUGUUUCAGAUUAAAAAGAUUUGCUGUAUAGGUGCUGGGUAUGUUGGUGGUCCAACAUGUAGUGUCAUUGCCAGCAUGUGUCCUGAGAUCACUGUAACAGUGGUGGAUGUUAAUGAAUCCCGGAUCAAAGCCUGGAACUCUGAUACCCUGCCCAUCUACGAGCCAGGCCUGAAUGAAGUGGUGUUGUCUUGUCGUGGGAAGAACCUCUUCUUCUCCACAGAUAUCGACUCUGCCAUUAAAGAUGCUGAUCUGGUCUUUAUUUCUGUAAACACCCCGACUAAGACGUACGGUAUGGGCAAAGGCCGUGCUGCUGACCUGAAGUUUAUUGAGGCAUGUGCACGGCGCAUCGUGGAGGUGUCGGAUGGGUAUAAAAUUGUUACGGAGAAGAGCACAGUGCCGGUCCGUGCAGCUGAGAGCAUCCGCAGGAUAUUUGAUGCAAACACCAAACCCAGCCUCAACUUACAGGUUCUCUCUAACCCAGAGUUCCUUGCAGAGGGUACAGCAGUGAAGGACCUGAAGGACCCAGAUCGUGUCCUGAUUGGUGGAGAUGAGACUCCAGAGGGUCAAAGGGCUAUUAAUGCUCUUUGUGCAGUUUAUGAGCACUGGGUCCCCAAAUCACGCAUAAUCACCACCAAUACCUGGUCCUCUGAACUUUCCAAACUGGCAGCAAAUGCAUUCCUGGCUCAGCGCAUCAGUAGUAUAAACUCCAUCUCUGCCCUGUGUGAAUCCACUGGCGCGGAUGUUGAGGAGGUGGCCAGAGCCAUCGGCAUGGAUCAGCGCAUUGGGAGCAAGUUCCUCAAAGCCAGCGUGGGUUUUGGAGGAAGUUGUUUUCAGAAGGAUGUGCUAAAUUUGGUGUAUCUGUGCGAGGCACUGAAUCUCCCAGAGGUUGCUUCAUACUGGCAACAGGUGAUAGACAUGAACGAAUAUCAGAGAAAGAGAUUUGCCUGUCGGAUCAUUGACUGCCUGUUUAACACGGUUACAGGGAAGAAAAUUGCCUUGUUAGGUUUCUCCUUCAAAAAGGACACAGGAGACACCAGAGAGUCGUCUAGUAUCUACAUCUCUAAGUAUCUGAUGGACGAAGGAGCCAAGCUGCAUAUUUAUGACCCUAAAGUGCUAAAGGAGCAGAUAAUUCAGGACUUGUCUCAACCCCACAUCUCUGGAGACAACCCAGAAAGAGUGUCUGAUCUUGUAACAGUGACAUCAGACCCCUACAAGGCGUGUGAAAAUGCACACGCCCUUGUCAUCUGCACGGAGUGGGACAUGUUUAAGGAUCUGGAUUAUGAGAAAAUAUAUCACAAGAUGUUGAAACCAGCAUUUAUCUUUGAUGGACGACGAGUCCUGGACCAUCUGCACCCCCAACUACAGAACUUUGGCUUUCAGAUCGAGACCAUUGGGAAGAAGGUAACGACUAGAAUCCCAUUCACACCAUCUGGAGGAGUUCCACGAAUCAAUGAACCACCCAACAAGAAAGCCAAAGCAUAAGACACUGACUCGCACACACACAUGCAUGUGCACUUUACACCGAUUAAAGUCUUUUUCUGAGAAAACCAAAGUAAUGUGAGACCGUUCCUGGAAAACUACAGACUCCUCUGUAAAAAUUCAUGUGUUCUGUGUGUGUUGAACUGUGUUCAGAAUGUUGUUUUUAAGACUGAGUUUUAUCUCUCAUGGCCGUUGGCAAAAAUGCAGUGAUUUAAUGUUUUAAACACUUUAUCAUCCAUGUCUUAGUUUUUUUUUUAAAUCACGAUUCUUAGAAUUUUUUUAGAAUGUUGUCAUGUCUGUGCCAUUUUGCAAAAAUGUUUAAACACUAUAUAUAUAUUAACUGUACAAAACUGGUGUUAAUGCAUUUCAACGUUCCACUACUGUUUAGUAGUUUAUUAUUAUUUACGAUUAUCAGUGUUAUGGGUUUUAGUGGCAAAAUUACCCAUUUGAGAGCGAUGUCUGAGAGAGAAGCCACAUGUGGGACAUGAAAAACAGUGUAAAACAUUAGCCUUAAAUUAGGCAUGUGAGACCACUGGCAAAUAGCGGUUUGUGUCACCCAGUAAUCAUUUAUUAAUCUUUUGAUAUAUAUUUUUGGACCUGCACUGUGUAGUAGUUAUUGUAUUGAGUCACAGUUGUAGCUUUUAUAAAAUCAUCUCUUACUGUACAGGUUUGUAAUGGUCAUGUACAAUGAUUGCAGAAAACAGAUUUCUUAAAUAAAUAUGGACCAAUGAAA